AUGGCGGGGGGGCGACAUGGGAUGGUGUGGAUGGCGAUGAUGGUGGGGAUGGUGGGGGUGGCGAUGGCAGGGGAGGAGAAGCUCACAUGUGAGGCGUCUUCUCCUCUGUUUGAUCCGGCAGACUCCGAGAGCUUCAGCUUGAUCCAGCAGCUGGACGAGAGCUACAUCGGGGAGGACCUGGUAAAGAUCGGGGAGCUGCGAGUAAGAACAAGGUUCUCCGUCCUCUCCUGCCCACAUGUCGACAGUGGUGUGUCUGCCAUGGCCUCAGACGGGAUCCUCGGGCUCGGAUGGUCAGCGGAGCAUGGAUCUCCUGCCAUCCUGAAAACGCUGGCGUCAACCUCGAGACCGUCCUGGAACCUGACGCAGGUGGACGACUUCGAGCCGAUGCCUCCCGUCUUCUCCAUCACGGUGAUCGAUGAUGUCGGCCAAAUCAUGCUCGGAGGAUACGACCCGGAGGUGGUGGAUGGGACGCUAGUAUCACACAAUCUCAGUUUGAGCAACGGGUCAUACGCGGUGGAGGUGACGGGGAUGAUGCUGGGUGGGGUUGAUCUCCUCAACUUCUCGGCCUCCACCAACUCGACUCUCGCUCGCAUCGACAUCAACAGCUUGUGCAUUCUCAUCCCCAACAGCACCAUGGACGACUUGCUGGCUGAAAACCCCUACGAGAAGCUGCUCCGACUCUACGAGAGCGGAAACCGAAGCGCUUUACUCAUCAGCAUCGAAGACGAGGUAUACGAGGUCCCUUACUCUGCCUGCAUCGAGCCAUCGGACGAGGGGAUUGUGCUGGGAGCGUCGUGGCUGAGAAGCUACCUGAUGAGCUUCAACUUCUCGAACGCUCUCAACCUGUCGGUCGCGGUAGGGAGGAAGAACGAUUCCUUUGCUCUUACGAGCGACACCGGGGAAGGAUAUGCCAUCCAGGUGUCUCCGGGAGACGAGCAGGAGGGUGAGGGCAGGGAAGGAGGAGCAGGCUUCAGCUCCAUCUCCUUCCUUCUCCCUGUCGAGUUCGGGUCACCGCCUGCUCGUAAGAAGUUGAUGGUGAGCAUGGACACGCCCGUGACCUCCAUUGUCGGCUUCCCUCCGCCCUCCUGGAUGCGAGCUCAGGAGACCAACGCGAGCGGGUUGGUAGGAAGAGCUCUCAGCAACACCAUAGCUGAGCUGGUAGGAAGAGCUCUCAGCACGAGGCUGCUGGAAACGACGACAAGAGUGAGAUUGUACAGGAGGAGGCGAAACGGGGAGGAGCGAAAUGCCUAUCACUCGCUAGAAGCGAGGGAGGAGGGAAACCUUGCAGAAGAGUAG